UGACCUUCGAUAGCAUUAAAGGAGAGAUAAGUCGUAACGCAUGCGUACUGACAGUCACUUCACUCAAGACUUUGAACACAUUCACUGAUUUUUGUGUUGAACAUACACUCAAAGCAAACACCACUUCAUAAGCAAUGGCUUUGAAUCAACUGAUCGCCAAACACCAGGCCUUGAGCCGCGCACUCCUGAUGAGAGGGAACUGCUUUCGUCCGGUGGUCAGUGGGAUGAACACAAGUGACUCAGCCCUGAGCGGUCAGUCCGUGGCCAGCAGUGAGCACCGUAUGCUAGCUCUGCCAGUAUUGCGAUCGUUGCACACGAGUGCAGUGCACCGGGACAUCGACAGCGCCGCCAAAUUCAUCGGCGCCGGUGCGGCUACUGUAGGAGUGGCGGGCAGUGGGGCCGGUAUUGGGUCGGUGUUCGGCUCUCUGAUCAUAGGCUACGCCCGGAACCCAUCCCUCAAACAGCAACUCUUCUCGUACGCCAUCCUCGGGUUCGCUCUC